UCUUUCAAUCUUCCAAAAUUCAAUUUCAAAACCCUGAAAAAUGUCGGGCCGUGGUAAGGGAGGUAAGGGAUUAGGCAAAGGAGGAGCUAAGAGGCACAGGAAGGUGUUAAGAGAUAACAUUCAGGGUAUUACCAAGCCAGCUAUUCGUAGGCUUGCUCGUAGAGGUGGUGUGAAGCGUAUUUCUGGAUUGAUUUAUGAGGAAACUCGUGGAGUUCUGAAGAUCUUUCUUGAAAAUGUGAUUCGUGAUGCUGUUACAUAUACUGAGCAUGCUAGGAGAAAGACUGUGACGGCUAUGGAUGUUGUUUAUGCUCUUAAGAGGCAGGGAAGGACCCUUUACGGAUUUGGAGGUUAGGGUGUUGGUUAGUGGUUGUAGAUUUGGUUUUUAGUGAAGUUGGGUUACUUUUUUUGUUUGUUUAUAUGAUCUCGAUAUUGUAAUUCCUUGUUACACAAACAAUUAAUGGAAGGAGAUUGUAUUUC